AGGGGGCGGGGAGUGAUGGUUACAAGAUGGCGGCGCUGAAGGAGGCUCGGAGCUACGGGCUGUCGUGCGGGCGCGUGAGCGACGGCAGCAGGGUGUCGGUGUUCCACGUGAAACUCACCGACAGUGCCCUGAAGGCUUUCGAGAGCUACCGGGCUCACCAGGAUUCUGUGUCACUGAGACCAUCCAUCCGAUUUGAAGGAAGCCAAGGACACAUCUCCAUACCCCAGCCUGACUGCCCCGAGGAGGUGCGGGCCUUCUCCUUCUACCUCUCCAACAUUGGCCGAGACAGCCCUCAGGGCAGCUUUGACUGCAUCCAACAAUAUGUCUCCAGCCAUGGGGAUGUUCACUUGGACUGUCUGGGCAGCAUCCAGGAUAAGGUCACAGUGUGUGCCACUGAUGACUCCUACCAGAAGGCUCGGCAGAGCAUGGCGCAGGCAGAGGAGGAGACUCGGAGCCGAAGUGCCAUUGUCAUUAAGGCUGGAGGCCGCUAUAUGGGCAAGAAAGUUCAGUUCCGGAAGCCAGCGCCAGGGACAGCUGAUGCGGUGCCCUCCCGGAAACGGGCCACCCCCAUCAACCUGGCCAGUGCCAUCAGAAAGAGCGGUGGGAGCGGAGCCAGCAGUGUGGUGCAGAGGCCCUUUCGAGACCGGGUGCUGCACCUCCUGGCCCUGAGGCCCUACAGGAAGGCUGAGCUGCUGCUGAGGCUACAGAAGGACGGUCUGACGCAGGCAGACAAGGACACCCUGGACAGCCUGCUGCAGCAGAAAGCUGUGUCAGCCACAGAGUGCCAACUCAGACUCCACUGCCUCCAGCCCACCCCAGGAGCACAGCCGCUCUGCCUCACCCUCUCAGGUACCUGUCUUAGGGUGGAUGAGUGUAGGGUCUUCAUUGGUGCCCCACAGCCCUAUGUGGCCAACAUCCACUGCCUGAGCCACACUCCCUCGGGGUCAGAGGGUGUCUUUCUGGGUGGCCAUAUGCUUUGGGACCUUGUCCUCACCUUCCAGUGCCCACAGUCAUGUACCUACAGAAUGCCUGGGAGUGUCUGCCUGCCUUCCCUCCUGUCACUGACCAGUCGGGCAGGAUUGGCUUCUCUGCUCACUUCUCAGAAACGACCUCAGUCCACAGACUUCAUUGACCCCCUGGCCAGCAAGAAGCCCCGCAUCUCACACUUCACACAGCGAGCACAGCCCACCCUCAAUGGCAAGCUGGGUGCCCCCAAUGGCCACGAGACCCUGCUGCCCACCCUGGGGUCCACCCCUAUGGACACCCUCAGCUCUAGCCAUUUGCCCCCACGACUGGAGCCCCCAAGACUGGAGCCCCCACGGACCCAUGACCCCUUAGCUGAUGUCAGCAAUGACCUAGGCCAUAGUGCCCAGGACUACAAGCACCAGGAGGCCGCCCAAGCCCCAGCCCCAGCCUCAGCCCCUCACCUCAGCCUGCCCCUGCUGACGGACUUUUCCCAGUCUGAGCGACCUGCUGGCUCCUCGCACACCCAUAGCCGACCCAAGAGGAAGUCCAAGAAGCACAAAGACAAGGAACGGCCCCCUGAGGACAGGCCCCCCGCCCCACAGCCUGAUGCCCCUGCGCUGCUCCCAGAUACCCCAGGUCUGAAUGGAGCCUGUGCCAGUGUCCCCACGUCUACUUCUGAGACCACGGACUAUUUGCUGAAAUACCCCGCCAUCUCGUCAUCAGAGCAGCGUCAGAGCUACAAGAACGACUUCAAUGCUGAGUACAGCGAGUAUCGCAGCCUGCACGCACGCAUUGAGCAGAUCACGCGCAGGUUCACGCAGCUUGAUGCACAGCUCAGGCAGCUGAGCCAGGGCUCCGAGGAGUAUGAGACAACUCGUGGACAGAUUCUUCAAGAAUACCGGAAAAUCAAAAAGACCAACACCAACUACAGCCGAGAGAAGCGACGCUGUGAGUACCUGCACCGCAAGCUGGCACACAUCAAGCGGCUCAUCGCAGAGUAUGACCAACGGCAGCUGCAGGCCUGGCCCUAGCGUGCUAGUGGGCAGUCCUGAUGCUCCGCCUGCCUUUUCUAGUUUUCUAUGAACUCGGCUCUUUAGCUGCCACAGAGACCGUCUAUUUUUGUACUUUUUCUACUCUGUGCCUCCUCCGCGGCCCACGCCUCCAGGGAAAGUCAGCAGAGCACCAGGUCCUGGCCACUACAGCUCCCGGCUGUGCCCUCGGCAGCAUAUGGUCGUCAGCCCCCACCCCGCACACACACCUUCAUGUCACCCCGAGGCUGUGUGGUCCUGUGCUGCUGGCCUCACUCUGUUCCUCCAUCCAUUUGUGGGUCAUGGGGUCCUCUCUGCUGGGUUCCCUCGGGGUGGGGGUGGGGGCCUGAAAGUGGUGCCUUGCUUGCCUUUUCCAGGGCGCAGGCCUGUGGCCCCCAAUUGCUGCUUUCUUACUGUGCCUCGUCUUCUCAUACCCCAAAUCCUAGGGGCCGUUGGUGUGUGUGUGCAUGUGUGUGAGAGUGGGUUCUGAACUGUGCACAUUCAGAGAAGCUACGCUGAAGAUGUGCUGGGGGCGGCAGGGUCACUCCUACCCACAGUUGCAGAACAGGGAGGGCAGAAACUAAAAUACAGAUGUC